CCAGUCUAUACUUGACAACGACGAUGAAGACGACGUUGCUUCCAUCGUUGAACAUUUGACCGACGCUCGACAAGUGGUUUCUGAAAAACCACUAGUAAGCGCUUAUGAAAACAGCAAGAUCGAUAAUUCUUCAACAAAUUAUCAACAACAUGUCAUUGUAAAAUCUGUGUUAAGAAAAAGAAGAAACCCUUCGGUGUCGACCACCGGUCCAAGAAGAAGAUAUAACAUAUUAUUGUUUGGUGAUAGUCUAACUGCUGGAUGGGUAAAAAAUGCUGAUGGCUAUGGUACUUAUCAUCCUUACGGAUUGAAAGUUCAAAAAAGAUUUGAAGAUGAAGGUUUAGAU